GGAUCCGCCGCAGCCAUUGCCGCCGAGUCCGCGUCCCGAGAGUCAGUCGUCCUGCUAUGGACAGCGAGUAGCUCCGCAGCAGAGUAGCCAUCACCGAAGUUCCACCGCAGCAGCUUGUACUUACUAUACCACACCAUACUAUAGUAAACUAUACUCCCGAAAUGGCCAGCCUGAGUCCGCCCAGCUACGGCUUCAUGCGCGAUGGCAGCAACCUCAGCCUGGCGGAGAGCGUGCCCGCCGAGAUCAUGCACAUGGUGGACCCCUACUGGUACCAGUGGCCACCCCUCGAGCCCAUGUGGUUCGGCAUCAUUGGCUUCGUGAUCAGCAUUCUGGGCAUUAUGUCGCUGGCGGGCAACUUCGUCGUGAUGUACAUCUUCACCUCGUCGAAGGGGCUGCGCACCCCGUCCAACAUGUUCGUGGUCAACCUGGCCUUCUCCGACUUCAUGAUGAUGUUCACCAUGUUCCCGCCCGUGGUGCUGAACGGCUUCUACGGCACCUGGAUCAUGGGUCCCUUCCUCUGCGAGCUGUACGGCCUGUUCGGCUCGCUCUUCGGCUGCGUGUCCAUCUGGUCGAUGACGCUGAUUGCCUACGAUCGCUACUGUGUGAUUGUGAAGGGCAUGGCCAGGAAGCCCCUGACGGCCACUGCGGCGGCGCUCCGACUUGUGGUCGUGUGGACCAUCUGCGGAGCCUGGGCUCUGAUGCCCAUGUUCGGCUGGAACCGCUACGUUCCCGAGGGCAAUAUGACCGCCUGUGGCACUGACUACUUUGCCAAGGAUUGGUUCAACCGCUCCUACAUCAUCGUCUACUCGCUGUGGGUCUACCUCACGCCCCUGACGACCAUUAUCUUCUCCUACUGGCACAUCAUGAAGGCCGUGGCUGCCCAUGAGAAGGCCAUGCGGGAGCAGGCCAAGAAGAUGAACGUGGCCUCGUUGCGCAACAGCGAGGCCGACAAGAGCAAGGCCAUCGAGAUCAAGCUGGCCAAGGUGGCCCUGACCACCAUUUCGCUGUGGUUCUUCGCCUGGACGCCCUACACCAUCAUCAACUACGCGGGCAUCUUCGAGUCCAUGCACCUGAGUCCGCUGAGCACCAUCUGUGGCUCCGUGUUCGCCAAGGCCAAUGCGGUGUGCAACCCCAUUGUCUACGGCUUGAGCCACCCCAAGUACAAGCAGGUGCUGCGGGAGAAGAUGCCCUGCUUGGCCUGCGGAAAGGACGACCUCGCCGCGGACUCGAGGACACAGGCCACCGCGGAGAUCAGCGAAUCGCAGGCCUAGGCGCAUCGGAGACGACGACUGCAGACGUAGGGAACUGACAGCUCUAGAUCUACAAAGACUCAACCAUAUCGCAAAGACACCUCAAGGAAAA